UAUCAGUAAAUGAUGUGAAACAGUUGAAAGACUCUUGAAAGACAGCUGUAUUUGUAAGGAGCUCAGUUCAUUUGUACCUCAUAGCGGUCUAUCUAUCCACGAUGAAGCUCAUCCUGACAAUCUCCUGCACCUUCACACUGUUCUACACAGCGGACAUGCUCAAUUGCUACACCUGUGAUUCUGAGGAUGAAAACUGUCAGACAACAGUAUUAAAGAACUGUGUGAAAGCAGUAUGUUCCACCUUAACAAGCAUAGAAUAUCCUUCAGAUUCCAUCAGAGUAUCUAAGGGUUGUACAUAUGUAGRCGAAAACUGUUAUUUCAUGGAUAAAGUAACAGAACUGUCAAUGAACAACGGAUACUCACACGCCUCCCAAUCCUCGUUUUGCUGCAACACGACAGACUGCAACAUAGACACCCUCCCUGCCCUCAGUGACAAGCCCAAUAAACUACAUUGUCAUACCUGGGUGAAUGGUACUUAUGAAGUUUUGCAAUGCGUUGGAAUUGAAGACCACUGCUUCAAAUAUAAACAGCCCACUCCUGAUGGGGGAAAAGACACCAUUUAUGGAGGCUGUGCCUCCAGUGACUCAUGCCUCUGGUCUGCGAUGCCCAACCAGACUAACCUCAACUGRUGUAAAGGGAGUCUGUGUAACAAAGCCAUGGGGAUGAGUCMGAGCUCUCUCCCUCUUCUGCUGGGUCUCCUCAUCAUCUCACRGGUCUAGUUAGUGGGAGGAUUCAUGUAAUCCCAACCGUUGGUGUGAUAUCCACAAUAAAUUAAUGUGUCACUAUAUUGGUACAUCUAAGACCUUUUAAAUAUAAGUAAUAUUAUUGUGUUUGGAUGUUCAUUUAUUUGCAAAAGAAAUGGAAAUUGUAGAAUUGCUUUAAAAUCUGUAGUCACUCAUGUCACUCUUUACUCUUUACUUGUACGUUACGUUACUGUAUAUUAUGAACUGGGUGGUACGAGCCCUGAAUGCUGAUUGGCUGACAGCCGUGGUAUGUCAGACCGUAUACCACGUGUAUGACAAAACAUGUUACAU